CGACACUACUGGUAUAACAUUUUUCUAUUUCCAUGCCUGCCUCCUUGGGACGCUUUUGCUCCGCUUCCUUUCUUUCGAGCAAUUCACGUGAUCCAUGAAACCUCAAAAAAUGAACUCACCAGUCUUUUUGCAAGAGUGUUGAAUUCUCGCGCCUUGGUCGAUUACAACGUGAAACAUCCGAGAGGACGAGCGUUGUACCAUUUAACGCCUUUAAACGCUUGAUUCGACUCGUAGAUAGCUCUGUUUGAAGUAAAAUGAGCAGCGAUCUCAAAUUCACGCCAAUAUCUGGAGCGAAAAACAGCGAUCCACUUUGCUACCUACUUGAGAUCGAUGAAGUAAAACUGCUAUUAGAUUGCGGCUGGUCCGACAAGUUUGAUGUCGAAGAACUACAACAAUUUAGAAGGGUAGCCAAGCAAGCCGACGCACUCUUGAUAUCCCAUGCGGAUGUACAGCACUUGGGAGCUUAUCCAUAUGCGAGAAGCCACCUUGGUCUGUCAUGCCCUGUGUUUGCAACUAUUCCAGUCGUCAAUAUGGGAAGAAUGUGCAUGUAUGAUUUGCAUCAAGCGAAGGUCAACGAACAAGAAUUCGACGUAUUUACUUUGGAAGAUGUCGAUUCAGCAUUUGAUAAGAUGACCCCGCUUCGUUAUUCGCAACCCACAGCACUUCAAGGUAAAUGCAAAGGCAUUACCAUUACGGCAUACUCGGCAGCGCACACAAUUGGUGGUACCGUUUGGAAGAUUAAGAAGGAUACCGAUGAGAUUUUGUACGCUGUUGAUUACAAUCACAGUCGAGAAAGACAUUUAGGAAAUUCUGUUCUUAACGUGGGUACCAGUCAAGGUCUGGAAUCCCUAGGACGGCCCACACUCAUGAUCACAGAUGCAAAUAAUGCCGAUGUUGCCUUACCCAAACGAAAAAGCCGUGAUACUGCACUCUUUAACACUUUGGCCGAGACAUUACGAAACGCUGGAUCAGUGCUGCUUCCAACUGACUCAUCCACCCGUGUCCUUGAAUUGGCACUUAUGCUUGAUCAGCAUUGGGCGAAAAAUCAAUUCACCUACCCCCUCAUUCUAUUGACCCAUACAUCAUACCACACAGCCCAUUUUGCAAAAGUCAUGUUGGAAUGGAUGGGUGAAGAUAUGACUCGAACUUUUUCGCAAACCAGAGAGAAUCCAUUCGAUUUCAAGUAUCUUCGACUAUGUCAUCGUAUCGAAGACUUGGAAAAAUACCCAGGACCCAAGGUUGUUUUGGCCAGCAACCAAUCACUUGAGACAGGCUUUGGCCGAGAUCUCUUUUUGAGGUGGAUGCGACAAAAUCAAACGGAAACAGAUGCUGUCAAUACGUUAAUUCUCACUGACAGAGCUGCUCCAGGUACUUUGGCCGCCCAUCUGUACAAUGAAUGGUACGGCAGAAAUCGUGCGGACGAAGCAGCUGCUGUUGCUGGCACAGACCGACCUGAAGUGCGAUCACCGAUAGAAUACGAAACACAGCUUCACACAGUCAUUCAUCAGAGGGUGCCAUUAGAAGGAGAAGAACUGGAAGAGUAUGAGACAAGGAAACGCAAUCAAGCAGAACGAGAAGCUCAACAAGCGGCUAUUAUGGCUAGAAGCCGAGUCAUUAUGGAAGAGGAUGAAUCGGAUGCAUCUGAUGCGGAUGAACCCGAUGAUGUGAAUCUGGAAGAUUUGCUCACUACGCAGUUUGAUCUUUAUGUUCGAGAUGCUGGCAAGUCUGGUGGUUUCUUUAAGCAAACCCAUAGUUAUCGCAUGUUCCCAUACGUUGAGCGCCGAAAGAAGUUUGAUGACUAUGGUGAAGCGAUCAUGGUGGAUCAUUACAAGCAAGCGUCUGAUAUUGAGCAAAUUGAAGAGGCUAUGAAUGCAGGCACAGGAGCCAAAUUUGGAGGAGAGGAUGUUGACAUGGAUUUGGCUGAGCCAAUUCUUCCAGCGCGGGAUGAAACGCCUACAAAGUACAUCUCGUUUGAAGAUAGCAUUACCAUCAAAUGCAUGCUGCAAUAUAUUGACUUUGAAGGUCUAACGGAUGGACGAUCCAUUCGAAACAUUCUGGCGAAGAUUGCUCCCCGAAAAUUGAUUAUCGUUCAUGGCACACCGCAAGCAACAGAGCAUCUCUCUGCUGCGCUCAAGAAUGUAACACAAUUCACCAACGAUGUGUAUACGCCUGAUGUUGGCGAAAUUCUUAACGUGUCAGCCGCUACCAAUAUCUACCGUGUCAGACUUACUGAUGCUCUUGUGACCGCCUUGCGAUUCUCAAAGUUGGACGAUUAUGACCUUGCGCGUGUAUCUGGACGUAUCCACUUUUCAAGUGAUCGGACGCCGACGCUCGAUCUUCCAUCUAGUCAGGAUCAGAUACCCUUUGAACCACCAGUCUUGGUGGGAGACGUGCGACUUCGAGAGUUCCGAAAAGUCCUUCAAGCAGAAGGCAUUACCGCUGAAUUCAAAGGCGAAUUACUUCUUGUGUGCAAUGACCAUGUCGUGGUUAGGAAGGUAAUGUUCAAAUUGUCACUAUGGAUGUUUGGAUAAAGUCAAAAUAGCGUUAACGCCAAAUGAUUUUUUAGAUGGGCACUGGUCAACUCCUUCUAGAAGGAUUACUUUCACCUGAUUAUUACAAAAUUCGGUCACUUUUGUAUGCACAGCAUGCUAUUGUAUAGUUUUCAAUGCUCUAGAUUACCUCAUAAACAACGUUUUUAUUGUUUCAUACUUGAUUUUUUUAUCUCAGCGGUGUGUGCAGCCAUCGUCUUGGACAGUGGGAAUGAUUGAACUACCUGCCCGGAAACCCCUUUGACAAGACAUGACAUGCAGCAUGUUGUUAACAGCUGAAUGCGCAUUACUCUUCGGCUUCUAGCAGAGUUUGGUAUGACCUUGUAACCAAAAAAAUAAAAAUAAAAUAAUUGAAAAUUUACA